CAAGUGACAAGCACAUCCAGUGGCUCCUGGGGGCAGAUGGCGAGGUCUGGGUCUGGAUCAUGGGAGAAGGCCCUGGCGACAAGCCCUAUGAAGAGAUCUCUGAGGAGCUGAUUGCAGAGAGGGCGCGGCUGCAGGCACGGAGGGAGGCCGAGGAGCUCUGGCGACAGAAGGAGGCAGAGAUCAGCAAGCGGUUUCGGGACGCGCUGGCCCACGAGAAGGCCCGGAUCCUGGCCGAGAAGUGGAAGGGGGAGAUGGAAGACCGCAAGGCCGCCCAAGCCCUGGAGGAGCGCGUCCGGGAGGAGUUCAAGAGGAAAGAGGAAGAGGAGAGGAGGCGAGGACACGAGCAGGUUCGCGUCCAGGAGGAGCAGAGGGCGAGGCGCCUGUUCCAGACGCUGAAGCAGCAGGCCCAGCUGCACGGCGCGGCCGGGGCGGAGGAGCAGCGCGCGUGGGCGGAGCAGCUGCGACGGUCCAAAGCGGCUGACGAGGAGAGGAGCCGCCAAGCCCAGCAUGCCAGGGACGAAUAUCGGCGCCACUCCCUCUGUGCCAUCCAGAAGGGCACAGUCGCCGGCCUCAGCUCUAUGUUUCAGGAGCUUGGCCAGAGCCAUGAGCAGGAGGCAAGACUCUACCACCACCUCCCGGGCCCUGGUCCGCCACUGCCCCUCGCUGUGCCUGUCAGCAGAACUUGGGAGCGUCCACUGCGUCCAGUCUCCAAAGAAGUCAUCGUCCGCUGGUUCAAGGAGGAGCAGGUGCCUCGCCGAGCUGGCUUCGAGAGAAACACUAAAUCCAUCGCCCCCUGGUUUCAUG